CAUGUCGUCGUUGUCGAGAUCCGUUUAUUUCAAUUGGCAACCCUCGCAUGCGCAAACAUAUUAUUGCCUUUAAACUUUAGGUCGACCGGUUCUGAAUUCCUAUCCAACGAAGGCGACGACAAGUUCUACGGCGUCGCGACUCAUCCGAGUCGGCGCACGCUCCUGAGCCGCCACCAUGUUGCGACCGGCUACACCUCUGACGGUGCUGCUCUUUGCAGCAUUCGCCAUGUUGUUGCUCGCCGUCCUGUCGACUCCUAUUAUUAAAGCGAUUCCUUUAGGUACCUACAAAGGCGUGAGCUUUGGAGUCUUCGGUUAUUGUGACAGCAGCAACAAGUGCAGUCCCAUAGAAAUCGGAUACGACACAUCGAAACUCUUUUCUCAAGCAGACUCGGCUACUUUCGACUUGCCUGCUGGGACUCGGACAACUCUAUCCGCUAUUCUCGUAGUCCACCCAGUUGCAUGUCUUCUCACGCUAGUCAUGUUGAUUCUUGCCAUCGUCGCUCACCUUCAUUCGCCUUCUCAUUCUUCUCGUUAUCUGUUGCUUCUUUUCAUCUUCGGCAUUAUUACAUUUUUAGUAUGCCUUCUCGCCUUUCUAAUCGACGUCUUACUCUUUGUUCCUCACAUGGCAUGGGGCUCCUACAUUGUCUUAGCUGCUACUAUUCUUGUAUUCCUGAGUUUCAUUGUUUCGUGUGCUAUGCGCCGCACUCUGGUUAGCAGAAAAGCAAGGAAGAGGCGAAUUGCAGAGAAUGCCGAGAUGAGUGGGGAGAAUUACUACAAUCGCCAAGCCCAGCAAGAUGUCCCGUCUUCAACCACAGCUAUUGCACGACAGCCGACUGUUCCCGUUGUUAGUGGAGCAAAUGGCCCAGCAGACAAGAUGGCCCAAUUUUCUUCAUAUGAGAAAAGGGACGAUCGUAGCAGCGACGAGCGUAUGCCUUUAACUGCUAGGUCUCCGUCUGACAGGUCUCCGAAUGGCGCUCCUGCUGAUACCAGCAUGUCCGGCACUACUUACAAUGCGCCCCAGCGACAAGGCUCGAAUACCUCAAUGGCAAGGGAUCAAUACGGUAAUCCGAUAGAUCAACCUCAAGAUAAUUAUAAUAUGCGACGAGGGCCGUCUUUCGAAAGUAUGAACUCGAGAGGUCGUGGUGGACCUCCGGCUGGAUCUAGGGGACGAGGAGGCCCCGGAAGAGGUGGUUAUGGACCCUACGGUCCCCCUGGUGGAAGAGGCGGAAGGGGCGGACGCGGUGGUGCAUAUGGGCCGCCGCCGGGAAGAGGCGGAUAUGGCCCACCCGGCCGCGGUGGAUACGGGCCACCACCAAAUGGACGAGGAGGCUACGGACCACGUGGAGGUUAUGGCCCUCCUGGGAUGAUGAGGGGUGGAAGAACACCACCGCCAGCUUACCAAGGAGGCGCGCCUUAUGAUCGACGACCAUCUCCGGCCAAUACUUAUGGAGACUACGGUCCGGCCCGACAAAUAUCUCCAGCACCGCCAGGAGGUCCGUAUGCGAUGGACGCUCCGCCUAUGCCAAACGUCCCAACCGGCGCGGCAGAAGCGGGUGGUUUCCAAGCAUACAAACCUGAUCGUGUCAGUGAAUUACCCAGAGCGGAAUCCCCACCCCCGAUGCCGGGUAUAGACGAUGCCCAUGAAACCCCAGUAGGCCAGGCGGUGGAAAUGGAUGCUGCUACAGGAAGCCCAGCACAUCCUCCUCGGGGUUUCGGCCAAUUCAACAAUCAAAUACGGGACAGCGAUGCAGAUGUAGCUGGCAUGUUAGCUUUGCAACAGGCAAGGACGUCUCCAGCACAUAGACAUGAUACCUUCAUGAGCGAAGGAAGCAGAUAUAGCCAGGAUAGCCAAUUUGUUCCGGCUCGGCAAGCGUGGAACCAAGGGAACAUGCGGCCUUCAGCCGUACCAUCGCCUCUUCAAAUUCCUACUAAUCCGCAAGAAACGGGUAACAGGACACCACCGCCACCUAUGCCGACGCAACAACAGCCGGCGAGCGGUGAGACAGGCAACUACUACGAAGACGUAGAUCCUCGCUUCACUGAACCAGCAUCCAGACCAAUGCAACAACCUAUCCACGAAGAGCCGGUGUCUUACGACGACAUACCACCACCAAGAAGUCCAGCUAUAUCCGAACAGUCAGGCUUCACAUCAGUCUCACAACGGGGUAUAAAUCCUCGGUGGAACCCACCUCCUGGCCAAGGGUACAACCCGGGAAUGCUACCACGCAAGCCGGUCGGCCGAAACGAAGUGAAUGUUCUUAAUAGUAACCCGGACUUUCAGCUGCCAUCGACCCGUGGAGGACCAGGUGCUGGAAGGGGAGGAGGCAUGAUACCUGGGAGCGCAUACCCAGGCAUAUAAGACACUGCAUUCAUCAAUAUCCUUUCUUCGGGCCAUUGGGGAAUAGUCAUUUCUCUAGGUGGCUUUAUUUGCGGAUUUGAAUACUUCGCAUACGAUUCUUUAAUAACGGAUGCUGUUCAAGCACCAUUUCUCGCAUCAGGACAUAGUCCAAUCCGAUCUCACAACUGACAUC